AUGGAGACGCGAUCGUUAGCUCUCGCCCUGCUCCUCCCCUUCCUCCUCUCCGCCGGCGACGCUCUCGCACCCUCUCCCUCUCCCUCACCCUCCCCCUCCCCCUCCCGGUCGCCGUCCCCUCGCCGCACGCCGCCGAAGCAGGUGGCCUCGACCAGCAUCCAGCUGCCGCCUCCGCCACCCCCGCCACCGCCCCCUCCGCCGCAUCCCCGGGUUCCCCGUGGCCGCCUGGAGCAUCAGGCCGGCGCGGACGCGGGCGCCGCGCCGCCCGGGAACCCCAAGCAGCUCAAUCUCGGGGAGAAAGUCGGGCUCGCGUUUCUUGUCGUGGCCGUGGUGCUGCAGGUGGCGUUCGGGGGGUUCCUCGUCUUCAAGAGAUCGCAGCUGAGUCGGACGGUGCGAGGCGAUCGGCGGUUGUCGGUGCCCUCCCUUGCCCAUUCUCCAUGA